UAAAAAAAUGCAGACCAAACCUGCGUGGAAUUCAUUGUGUUCAAGAAAUAUGAUAUUUAAAUAUACAACUCUCAUCACUAUGAUAUAAUCAUGCAUAAUAUAAACAAAGUUUGGUUGGGAUUACUCAUUCAAGCCCACCAUCACCCAACCAACUCUGCAAAUUUUUUACCUUUUUUUGUUAUACUUUUCUCUCUUAGUGGUCUGUGUGAACUGGGUUUUCAAGCAAUUUCAAUGGCUUGCUACAUCGUUCUUGCAAUCUUUUGAAAUGGGUAAGUGUCUUUUUUCCCAUUAAAACACAUUCCUUGUAAGUUGAAGCAGUGUGGUUUGCUUAGUUAUGGUAGAGUUUGGGUUGUUUAGUUUCUUGCCAGUGCUGUUUUUGUGCUUUUCUUUUUCCAUUCACAAUGUUUGUUCACUGAGCUCUGAUGGGGUCACUUUGCUUUCACUCCUGAGGCAAUGGGAUUCUGUUCCUCCUUCAUUAAAUUCAAGCUGGAAAGCUUCUGAUUCCACUCCUUGUUCAUGGGUAGGAAUCGGAUGUGACAAUACUAGCACCCAUGUAUUAUCCUUAAAUCUCUCUAGUUAUGGCAUUUCUGGCCAAAUUGGAUCUCAAAUAGGUCGCUUGAGCCAUUUACAAACUCUUGAUUUUAACUUGAAUAGCUUCUCUGGGUCGAUUCCCUCAGAGUUGGGGAACAUUCCUUUUCUUGAGACCCUCAUCCUAGAUUCCAACACUCUCACUGGAGAGAUACCCAAAAACCUAAACAAAUUGCAAAACUUAAGGUAUCUUAGCUUUUUUGACAACUCUCUGUCUGGUGAAAUACCUGAAUCCUUGUUUGAGAUUCCAACCUUAGAAGAAGUAUAUCUAAUGAAUAACAAGUUGAAUGGCUCAAUCCCUUCAAAUGUUGGGAACAUGAGCAACCUUGUAAUGCUUUAUUUACAUAGCAACCAGUUAUCUGGUUCUAUUCCUUCAUCCAUUGGGAACUGUAGUAUGUUGAAGGAGCUUGCUUUGAAUGAGAACCAACUAACUGGGGUUUUGCCAGAUAGCUUGAGCAACCUCAAGAGCCUUGAAUAUUUACAUGUUGGCAAGAAUGGUCUUGUGGGUAGAAUUCCUCCGGGAUUGGGUAGUUGCAAGAGCUUGUCUUUCUUGGACUUGUCAUGGAAUAGUUUCAAUGGAGGUCUUCCUUCAAGUUUAGGCAAUUGUACCAGUUUAUAUGGCAUUGCUGCUACUCAUAGUAACUUAGUGGGCAAUAUUCCUUCUUCCUUUGGGCAACUACUUAAGCUUUCUGUUCUUUAUCUUUCUGAAAACCAUUUAUCUGGGAAUAUACCACCUGAGCUUGGGAAACUUAGAUUGUUGACAGUGUUAGAGUUGUAUACAAACCAACUUGAGGGUGAAAUUCCCAGCGAGUUGGGGUUUCUGACUGAGUUGCAGUACCUUGGGCUGUUUAACAACCGAUUAACCGGAGAAAUCCCACUUAGUAUAUGGAAGAUUCCUUCCCUUCAGCAUGUCCUUGUUUAUAAUAACAGUCUUUCUGGGGAGCUACCUUUGGAGAUGACUCAGCUGAAGCAACUCGAAAACAUAACAUUGUUUCACAACAAGUUUUCUGGAGCCAUACCUCAAGACUUGGGGAAACACAGCAGAUUAGUGAUGUUAGAUGUUACUGAUAAUAAGUUCAGCGGUGAAAUACCCUCAAAUCUUUGCCAUGGAAAGAAAUUGAGGGUGCUGAACCUGGGUGGUAAUCAAUUUCAAGGUAGCAUACCAUCUCAUGUGGGAAGUUGUUCGAGUCUCAGGAGACUGCUUCUCUGGCAAAAUAACUUCACAGGGGCUCUUCCAGAGUUUGCAAAGAAUUCAGACCUUUUGUUCUUGGAUAUCAGAAUGAACAGAUUAUCAGGAUCAGUUCCACCAAGCUUGGGAAACUGUGCCAACCUCAGUUCUAUUGAUCUCUCCAUGAAUAUGUUAACUGGAUCCAUCCCAUCAGAGCUUGGAAACCUUAAACUCCUUCAGAGUUUGAUUCUUUCACACAACAAUUUGGUGGGGUUUUUGCCAUCUCAGCUUUCAACCUGCACCCAGUUAAGUGUGUUUGAUGUUGGGUUCAAUUCAUUGAAUGGUUCCAUUCCAUUCAGUUUUAGGAGCUGGACAGAGUUAUUCUCUUUGACUUUAAGUGAAAACCGUUUCACAGGCGGUAUUCCACUGUUUCUGUCUGACUUUAAAAAACUUUCAGUACUAGAACUUGGUGGAAAUCUUCUGGGUGGACAGAUUCCUGCAGUUCUUGGAGCAUUCGAAAAUCCGUUUUCCUUGUUGAACCUCAGCAAUAAUGGUUUGACUGGGGAACUUCCUUUAGAAAUAGGAAAGGUUAGUCUUGAGAAUUUGGAUAUAUCUCAUAACAACUUGACUGGAAGUUUAACAGCUCUUCAAAACAUGCUUUCAUUGCUGAAGAUCAAUAUCUCAUACAAUGAUUUCACCGGUGAAGUACCAGAAAAUUUGAUGAAGUUGCUGCAAUCGUCUCCAUCUUCAUUUGUGGGCAAUUCUGGUCUUUGUGUCCGUUGUCUUGUAUCAAAUAACUCAACUUGCACCAGAAACAGCAUUUUACGGCUAUGUGACUCUCAUUCAAGGAAAAGAAAUGGCUUAAGUAAAGUAGAAAUAGCAAUGAUUUCACUUGGCUCCAUUGCUCUUUUUGUUCUACUGGGAUUGGUUUGCAUGUUUUUCUUAUGUAGAAGGCGAUCAAAGCAGCAGGCAAUAAGGUUCUCUUCACCAGGACAAUCUUCAUUACUAAGCAGAGUGAUGGGAGCCACAGAAGAUCUAAAUGACAAGUAUAUAAUAGGGAGAGGAGCCCAUGGAACUGUUUAUAAAGCCUCAAUGGGUCCAGAUGAAGUUUUUGCUGUAAAGAAGCUUCUGAAUGUGGGGUACAAAGAAGGAAGUGUCAGUAUGGUUAGAGAAACCGAAACUCUUGGGAAUAUCAAGCAUCGAAAUCUGGUUAAAAUAGAAGAUUUCUGGUUAAGAAAAGACUAUGGUUUAAUCCUGUAUAGGUACAUGGAAAAUGGUAGCCUUCAUGAUGUUUUACAUGACACUGAUCCACCAGUAACUCUAGACUGGAGUGUUCGUUAUAACAUAGCGGUUGGAACUGCGCAUGGAUUGGCCUAUCUCCAUUUUGACUGUGAUCCUGCUAUUGUUCACCGAGACAUCAAACCGAGAAACAUACUCUUGGAUGCUGAUAUGGAGCCACAUAUUGCUGAUUUUGGUAUUGCCAAGCUCUUAGACCAGUCAUCCACCUUAGCAACAACAUCCAUCGCAGUUGCUGGUACCAUUGGCUACAUUGCACCAGAAAAUGCAUACACAAAGAGUAAGAGCAUGGAGUCAGACGUGUACAGUUAUGGGGUAGUUUUGCUUGAGAUUUUAACCAGAAAGCAGGCAUUGGAUCCAUGUUUUAGAGAGGAAACUGACAUUGUAGGUUGGGUUAGAUCCUUGUUGAGCAAAGGUGCAGAAGAACUCAUCAAUGAGAUUAUUGAUCCAAGCCUUGGGAAGGAACUGUUUGAUUUGGCUAUUAAAGAACAAGUUAUUGAAGUUCUUAUGGUGGCUUUGAGAUGCACUGAAAGGGAUCCCAACAAGAGACCCUCAAUGAGAGAUGUUGUCAAGCAACUCUUAGAUAUCUAUCCCCGCCGUACACAAAGCUUGAAAACUUAGCUCUUUCAAAGUUUGGAGUUUCAUUCCAAACUUUUAACUAAUAUAAAUAUAGGAAAUGACUACAAGGCAUCCCCUGUUUUUGUAACACCUGUGUAUUUUUUUUUUAUUUCGGUACCUGAAUAGAUAUAAUUCCAAUUUUUUUUUUAUAUGACGGUGUACAUUGUAGGUAUUUAGAAUAUCCUGCAAAUUUUUAAGAAAUUCUGAAUAGUUUACAAAGCCGAAAACAAAAUUUAAACUGUCAAAUUUUACACGCGUACACAAAAAAACAGGCACGCGUGCAACAAACAGUUUAGACCCUGUUUCGGUACCAUAAUUUAUUCAGAAUUUCUUGAAAAUUUGUAAGAUGUUGUAGAUAACUAUAAUGUACAGUGUAUACCAUCAUAUAAAAACUUUUGAGAUUAUAACUAUUUAGGUGCCGAAAUAGAAAAAAGAUGCACUGGUGUUGCAAAAAAAAAGAUGUGUUAUAGUCGCUCCUUAUAAAUAUAUAUACAUAAUGUGUCUAAUUGUAUUAGUAACUAACUUUUAUGCAAUAUUUAAUCAUUUCUUGUCUU